AUGACCUCCAGCUCAUUGGAGCGAUCAACGGCGAGAGCAAUGGCGGCGCGGUUGUGGCUGCGCAUCCUCUGCAUCGCCGUGGCCACCGGCGGCGUUCUUCAAGCUCGUGCGCAACCAGACCUCAAAGGUUUCAUCAGCAUAGACUGUGGGAUUGAGGCGAAGACAGGCUACGUGGACGACAUGACCACCCUGUCCUAUGUCCCGGACGACGGCUUCACCGACGGCGCCGGCACGAACCACAACAUCUCGGUCGAGUACAUGACGCCCUCCAUCUCCAAACGGUACCACAACCUGCGCAGCUUCCCCGACGGCGCGCGCAGCUGCUACACGCUCCGGUCGCUCGUGCCGGGGCUCAAGUACCUCAUCCGCGCCGUCUUCAUGUACGGCAACUACGACGGCCUCAACAAGCUGCCCGUGUUCGACCUCUACAUCGGCGUCGACUUCUUGACGACGGUGAACAUCACGCGGCCUGACGGCGCGGCGCUUGAGGAGGCCAUCGUCGUCGUGCCGGACGACUUCGUGCAGGUCUGCCUAGUGAACACCGGCGCCGGGACGCCGUUCAUCUCCGGACUGGACCUGAGGCCUCUCAAGAGCACGCUCUACCCGCAGGUCACCGAGACGCAGGGCCUGUCCCUGUUCGGCCGCUGGAACUUUGGCCCCACUAGUAAUACCGAAAUCAUCAGGUACCCCGAGGAUCCACACGACAGAGUAUGGUUGCCUUGGAUCAACCCCACUGACUGGGCUGUUAUAUCAACGACACUGACAGUGCAACACAUAGAAAACGACAUAUUUGAGGCGCCGUCAUCGGUCAUGCGGACAGCGAUUACACCGCGCAAUGCCUCCGCUAACCUCCAGUUCAGCUGGGAGGCCUACACGCAGCCCAAGGACCCGGUGCCGGGGUACAUUGCCAAUUUUCACUUUGCGGAGUUGCAGCUCCUCCCCAGCAACGCUGUGCGAGAAUUCCGCAUCAACCUCAACGGCAGGCCAGUGUACAAUGAGAGCUACAAACCGACAUACCUCUACACAGACGCCAUCUUCAACAGGAAACCCUUCCUACGGUAUCUCAUGUACAACAUCUCCAUCAACGCCACCGCUAACUCGACGUUGCCACCGAUCAUCAACGCCGUCGAGGUGUUCUCCAUCAUCCCCACAACCAGUGUUGGCACGGACUCCCAUGACGCUUCUGCCAUGAUGGAGAUCAAGGCAAAAUAUGAGAUGAAAAAGAACUGGGUGGGUGAUCCGUGCGUUCCUAAUACACUUGCUUGGGAUAGGUUGACCUGCAGCUAUUCCAGUUCCAGCCGUCCAAGAAUCACAAGCCUAAAUAUGUCCUCAAGUGGUCUUACUGGUGAUAUAUCAUCUUCCUUCACGAGUCUCAAGGCAGUCCAAUACUUGAAUUUGUCAAACAACAAUUUGACAGGCUCAAUUCCAGAUGCCCUUUCACAAUUACCUUCAUUGACAGUCUUAGAUUUGACAGGAAACCAGCUCAGUGGAUCAAUCCCAUAUGGACUUCUCAAAAGAAUUCAAGAUGGCUCCCUAGAUCUAAGAUACGGAAAUAAUCCAAAUCUAUGCACCAAUGGCAAUUCAUGCCAGCUUGCCGAAAGGAAGAACAAGCUAGUGAUCUACAUAGUCGUUCCCAUAGUUCUGGUUGUGGUGAUAGUAUCAAUAGCAGUAAUAUUCUUUUGUCUAAGAACAAGAAGACCAGGACCAGUAAGCAAUUCCAUAGGGCCACAAAAUGAGAAGAAGGCCAAUGCGCCGAAAAAUGGUGACCAGAUGCAUAGUUCAUUACCACGGCUUGAGAACCGUCGGUUCACAUACCAGGAACUAGAGAUGAUGACGAACAACUUCCAACAAGAGCUAGGAAGGGGAGGGUUUGGGUGUGUCUAUGAUGGGUUCUUGGAGGAUCACACUCGAGUGGCAGUCAAGUUGAUGUUUAAGAACUCCCAGCAAGGAGAUAAGGAGUUUCUUGCAGAGGCACAGAUUUUAACCCGGAUUCAUCAUAAGAAUCUUGUCUCCAUGAUUGGAUACAGCAAGGAUGGGGAUAACAUGGCACUUGUUUAUGAGUACAUGCCAGAAGGAACACUACAUGAACACAUUGCAGGUAAAAAUAGCAACAGGAGAUUCUUACCCUGGAGACAGCGGCUCCUGAUCGCACUAGAAUCUGCACAAGGGUUGGAGUAUCUACAUAAAGGCUGCAACCCACCUCUCAUCCAUAGGGAUGUGAAGACAACCAACAUUCUAUUGAAUGCAAUGUUGGAGGCCAAGAUUGCUGACUUUGGCUUGUCCAAGGCUUUCAAUCAAAACAAUGAUACUCAUGUUUCCACGAACACACUUGUCGGCACACCUGGAUAUGUUGACCCAGAGUACUUAAUGACAAUGCAGCCUACAACCAAGAGUGAUGUUUAUAGCUUCGGUAUUGUGUUGUUGGAGUUGGUCACAGGGAAAUCAGCCCUCCUAAAGGAUCUAGAUAACACUAGCAUCAUCCAAUGGGUGGAGCAGCACUUGGUACGAGGCAACAUCGAGGAUGUGGUAGAUGCACGCAUGCAUGGAGACCAUGACAUAAACAGCGUGUGGAAGGCUAUAGACAUCGCACUCAAGUGCACCAUGCAAGAGUCAGCACGACGACCCACAAUGACUGAUGUAGUGGCAUUGUUGCAGGAGUGCAUCGAGCUUGAGAACAAAUGUUCCAAAUAUGGCAACAUGACCAGCCACUUUUACACCACCAACAGCGAGAACCACCACUCAAGUUAUAAUAUGUACAAUGUUGACCAAUCCACAAAUGUGAUUCAGAGUGAUGAUGCAUUUGAGGUCAGGCAUGACAUUGCAAGGGUUUCAAUGGACAUUGGUCCUGUUGCACGAUGA